AUGCGUUUUCUAUGUCUUCAUGGGAUGGGAACGGGUAGCAAGGCACGGAUAAUGAUGUACGGAAUAGCUGCUAUACGGCAUGAGCUAGGGGACGAUCAUACGUAUGAGUUCGUGCAGGGGACGCAAGAAUGGCCUAUGGCUCCAGUAUCUAAUGCCAACGUUCCGCAUUACGCGUACUAUGACUACUCCGUCGGCGCCUUUAUUGAUGCUCUGGAUGCGCUCGAAAAAUACAUCAAAGUCGAAGGUCCUUUUGAUGGUGUCCUUGGCUUCAGUCAAGGCGCAGGUCUUGCAGUCAUGUACCUCGUGCGACAUGCGCACCUGUAUCCAACUGCUCCCUUGCCAUUCAAAUGCGCCAUUGUUAUCAGCAGUAUAGGUGUUUAUGAUCCAUUCAUCUGGUUCUCCACUGGCCACUCUGUGGAGUUGGAUCACAUGCCACCUGGUGUGAGGAAAAUAGGAAUUCCGGUGGCAUUGAUAUGGGGCGAAAAAGAUGGGGCGGAGUCGAAGAGGGAAGGAGAGGCCAUGCGAAAUCUGUUUGAGGACGAAGGUGUGUGGACGUUCGUUCAUGGGGGUGGACAUGAUGUUCCGGGGCCGAACAUAAAGGAUUCGGUGAAGGGGUCUGUGAGGGCAAUUCGGAGGGCUGUAACGCAAGCCCGACUCUCUUCAUCAUGA